UUAGCGCUGCCUGAAAAAUAUUGGUUGAAAGCACCCGCCAGUUCUUCAGCCAGGCUUUCGCACGAGUGUUUGGCCACUCUUGAUUGCAUCAGGAAGAUUCCUUUGGAAAUGGCUCCUCGGGUUCCAAUUUUUCAAGCAGAAAGCUUGCGACUGCAGGAAGAAAUGUCCAUUCCGGCUUUUCGGGGUCGUCGUGCGGCCAGCUAAUUCCAAACUACUCUGUGCAGGAUGUGCACUCCCCUCGCCCACCCAAAAGGCCCUCGAGGAAGGAAUCUGUGAGCACCGCUCUUUCCUUCACCACCACCACUGCUGAUGGACUAUUAAAAAGAUAUGUGUGGGGAGGUCUGGGGAGGAGGAAUAAUGAGUAAUUUCGAGCUUCAAAGAGUCCUCUUUAUUGCACUUGUGGCUUCUGCGAAGAGAGGCCCGUUUCUUCCCCUUCCGCCCAUCAGCCCCAGCCAACGGGAGGUGACUUGGCACUUCUCCACCAGCCUGGCGAGGAAUGUAGCUUAGGAGAAGAGCAAAAAAAUUCGGGGGAAAACACAAACGCGGAGCUAACUUGAAGCCAAGCCUGCAGGCCGAGCAGCGCCGUGACCCACAUGGAGACGGUGGCAGGGUAGCCCUUGAGGAGGGGGCCGGCGGAUCCCCCCGUCCCACCAUCUGCAGCAGGGCACAAAUGGUGAGGCUUCUCCGCGCUUCCUGGAGGAGGGGGCUGUGGAUCUCCGCCAGCCGCAGCCGCACGCACCCGGAGGAGCAGAGGUGCCGCUGAGACCUCGCCGUGAGAGGGGCAGCCCAGAGCGACUGGAGAUGCUGACGAUAAAACUGCCUCGGCUCUUCCGGGUCCACCAAGUACCUCGCGUCUUCUGGGAAGACGGGAUCAUCUCAGGCUACCGUCACCCCAAAAGCUCCGCCUUGGAUUGCGUCCUCAGCUCCUUCCAGCUGAACAACGAAACCAUAAACAUCUGGACACAUUUCCUCCCUACGUGGUACUUCCUGUGGCGCUUCCUGGCCCUCUCCGCCAGCCUGGACUUCUGGUCGGACGCCUACAGCUGGCCCUUCGUGGCCUACAUGGGCCUCGUCUGCCUCUACCCCUUCACGUCCAGCUGCGCCCACACCUUCAGCACCAUGUCGCCGCUCGCCCGGCACGUCUGCUACUUCUUGGACUACGGGGCUCUCAGCCUCUACAGUUUGGGCUGCGCCUUCACAUACAGCGCCUACGCACUGCCCGAUCGCUGGGUGAACGGUCCUCUGCACCGCUGCUUCGUCCCCGUGGCCACCUUCAACUCUUUCGUCUGCACGAGCCUCUCUUGCUACUCCCGAUUCCUGGAACUGGAGUGUCCCAGCACGAGCAAGAUACUGAGAACCACGGCCUUUGUCUACCCGUUCCUCUUCGACAACAUCCCCUUGUUCUACCGGCUUUUGUUUUGCUUUGGCGAGGACUGUGCCUGGAACGACUCUGUGGCGGGCUAUUUCUACCAUCUUUUCUUUGCUGCGCUCACCGGCUUCCUCUUUGCAUCCCACCUGCCAGAGCGCCUGGCGCCCGGCCGCUUCGACUUCAUCGGGCACAGCCACCAGCUGUUCCACGUCUGCGCGGUGCUGGGGACCCACUUCCAGCUGGAGGCCGUCCUGGGGGACAUGCGCGCGCGCCGGGCCUGGCUGAGCGCGCGCGCGCCCGCCGCCGCCGCCGCGCACACCUUCGCCGUCCUGGGAGCCGCGCUGCUGGGGAACCUCGCCCUGAUCGGCCUCUUCGCCGCCGCGCUCGUCCGCGCGCCCAGCGCCAGCCUGAUCCUGCAGAGCAGCCUGCCCGAGGCGGAGCGGCCCAAGGAUAAGUGA